UCUUAUGACGUUGACACGACACUUUUCACUUUUGUGCUUUAUUUUGGUGAUUUUUGGUACAGCAAGUCGUUUGGGCUCUUUUUAGUAAUUAUGCUACAUAUAUAUUUUUUUAAUAACGUUCCAUAUAAAAUUGGUCUUUUGUAUUAGACUUUUCACUGUUACUUGACUAUUUAUUUACUUUUUUAGCUCACUAAAUUAAUUAUAUUUCAUAGUUUUGACGAAAGUAACAGUCGGUUUAAUUCCGGCGUAUACAAGAUAGACUAUCCAUUUUAUUUAACUUUAAAUAAGCCCAACCAAUAUGUCGAAGAGACACGCAGAAGAAGGUACCAGCGGGAACCAGCCCCCUAUCAAGAAAAUCCACUUUGAACCCCAUUUAAUUGGACCUGUGUCUACGCUUGAAGAAAUGGAUAUAAAAGUUCUUCAAUUCCAAAAUAAAAAGCUGGCACAGAGGAUUGAACAGAGGUGCAGAACAGAACAAGAACUCCGUCAAAGGAUUGAGCAAUUAGAGAAAAGGCAAACUCAAGAUGAUGCUAUGCUCAAUGUUGUAAAUCGUUACUGGAAUCAACUAAAUGAAGACAUUAGAAUUUUGCUACAGAGGUUCGAUGCUGAAACUGCAGAUGAAUCAGAAACUAAGAAUGAAAAUGAAGCUACAACAUCAUUUUUGAUGCAACUCUCAACUUGGGAUAAGGACGAGUUAAAUGACAAGCUGGCCAAUAGAGUUCAAGUAUCCAGAAGAGCUGUAGCCAAAGUAAUUCAAGCUUUUGAUAGGUUAAUGCAAAGAAAUGAGAAAAUUACUCUGGCUUUGAAGGGAGAAUUAGAAGGGCAGGAUGCGUUAACAAUCGAUGAAGCUAUACGCCAAACAAACAUUCAACUUCAAGCUGAAAAUCGCAAUCUUCAAGCUCUUCAUACCACUUUACACGAGAAAUACCACUCAUUAAGUCUUAAAGUUUCCGAACUUCAAGAUUCUGUCACGGCAAGAGAUACUGAAAAUGCUGAAUUAAAAAACCAAAUUGACGAUUUGCAAUACGAACUCGAAAAAGUUCGCAACCGCAAUGACAAAUUAGAAACCCAUCUUGCUGAGGCUGUCGAAAAACUGAAAGCUUACCAUCAACUCCACGGUGAUACUGAUAACAGCAUAAGUGAGAAAGAAGAGAAACCAGCACCUCAAACGAACGUUCCUCAAGCCAAAUUGGAGGAUCUGAUGAAAGAGGUGGAAGAAUGGAAAGAGUUGGCUAACAAUAGAUUGCAAGAGUUGGAUAAGCUGCACCAGACUCAUAGGGAGACUCUGAAGGAGGUUGAGAAACUGAAAAUGGAUAUACGUCAAUUGCCCGAAAGUGUCAUUGUUGAAACCACUGAAUACAAAUGUCUCCAAUCACAAUUUUCAGUCCUCUACAAUGAAUCCAUGCAACUAAAAACUCAACUGGAUGAAGCUCGACAACAACUACAGACGAGCAAAAAUGCUCAUUUGAGGAAUAUCGAGAUGAUGGAGGGAGAAGAACUGAUUGCCCAAAAGAAACUGCGCCAAGAAGUGAUGCAAUUGGAGGAUUUCUUAGCUCAAUUAAGAAAGGAAUACGAAAUGUUGAGAAUUGAAUUUGAACAGAACUUAGCGGCCAACGAACAGACUGGUCCCAUUAAUAGAGAAAUGCGUCAUCUAAUUACAUCGUUGCAGAAUAAUACUCAACAAUUGAAGGGGGAAGUACACAGGUAUAAGAGAAAAUAUAAAGAGGCCAACACUGAAAUUCCAAAAUUGAAAAAGGAAAUCGAAGACCUUCAGCAGAAAGUAACUACGCAGGGUGCCAUUCAGGACUCUAAGGAAAGCAUAAAAAAGGAGGAGAUCAAAGAAGAAGAUAUGUCCAGCAGUGAUGGUUCUCAAAUUAAAGAAGAACCUUUGUUGCCAGUCAAAAAAGAAGAGGAAGACACUGAGCAAAGUGAAGAAACAGAAGUCAACAAAGAUCAGAUGGCCGGGGGCGCCAACGAUUCUCCUGGAGCCAAAAAGGAAGGGGUCGUAAAACAGGAGAAAGUAGCUGUAAAGAAAGAGAACGCUCCAAAGACGGACGCGCAUAGGGAGGCAAUGAAGGCGAAAGAACAAAAGAUCAUCGAAAGUGAUUUAGUCAGGGAUCUUAAGAACCAACUUAAAAAAGCGUUAAAUGAGCAAAAAGAAAUGAAACUUUUGUUAGACAUGUACAAAGGGGUUAGCAAAGAGCAGAGGGACAAAGUUCAGUUAAUGGCGGCAGAGAAAAAACUUAGAAGUGACGUGGAAGAACUUAGGCAGACAUUAAAAAAAUUACAGAGGGACGAUAAACGUAAGCUGGCCGAAGACGAAGCCAUGAAAAAGAUAAAACAAUUAGAGGAACAGAAAUACGAACUUCAAAAACAGGUGGCCAAUCAGAAACCUAUGGACGGCAACUGGGGUGGACAUAACGUCCAUCAAAGGCCUUUCGUUGGAUCUUUGGAAGAGGAAGCUCUUUUGAAUGAGAUGGAAGUCACCGGCCAGGCCUUCGAAGACAUGCAAGAACAAAAUUCUAGGCUAAUCCAACAACUGAGAGAAAAAGACGACGCAAACUUUAAGCUCAUGUCGGAGCGAAUCAAAUCAAAUCAGUUACAUAAAUUGGCCAGGGAAGAAAAAGAUGUUUUGAAAGAACAAGUGAGCACGCUAACCACGCAAGUGGACGCUGGCAAUCUUGUGGUUAGAAAGUUGGAAGAAAAAGAGAGAAUCUUACAAAACACUCUUGCAACGGUGGAAAAAGAAUUGGCGCUUAGGCAACAGGCGAUGGAGAUGCACAAGAGGAAAGCUAUUGAGUCUGCACAAUCAGCUGCUGAUUUGAAACUUCAUUUAGAAAAAUACCAUUCCCAAAUGAAAGAAGCCCAACAAGUGGUAGCUGAAAAAACGAGUUCCUUAGAAGCGGAAGCAUACAAAACGAAACGGCUGCAAGAAGAAAUCGCUCAGUUGAGACGUAAAGCGGAAAGAAUGAAGAAAAUGGAAAUGGCCGGUACCACCUUGGACGAGGUCAUGAUGGAGGAGAUCAGAGAAUACAAAGAGACCUUAACUUGUCCAUCGUGCAAGGUGAAACGGAAGGACGCCGUUUUGUCCAAAUGUUUCCACGUAUUUUGUUACGACUGUUUGAAAACCAGAUACGAAACGAGGCAGCGGAAAUGUCCCAAGUGCAAUUGCGCCUUCGGGGCCAAUGAUUAUCAUCGGCUUUAUUUGUCUAACUAACGCUUUUACUUCUGUGAGGUAUAAUAUAUAUUAAAUGUAAGUUAUUAUAGUUCGUCUUGGAUUGUGUUAUUUUCUACGUACUUUAUAAUGAAGUAAAUAUGUUCGUAUUUAAACAUUUAUAGUAUAAAAUAUUUUUGUUUGCUUA